GUCAGCUUCGGGAAUUGGGCAACACUGCUCCGAAAAUCGUAAAAAAUUGUUAAAUUUGUUUACAUUAAAUUGGAUCUCAAAGCAAGCAGGUUACGGGUCUUGUGUAACUAAUUGUUCGCCCGAAAAUCAUGUUUGUGUGUGGCAAAUGCAAAUGAAGUGGGAACAAAGAGCAAUUAAAAAGAUAGUGAAAAUGAAACGAAUUGGAAAACAAGAAUUGCAUUGCUUUCUCUUCUCCUCUGUCUUUCACUAAGAUAACGCAAUGAGAUUGCAUUAAGCUAUUGCGCGACAACAAGCUAACGCAGAAAGAACGACGACGGCGCCCACACACGCACGUUCAAUUGAAAUAGGGAGCUGAAGCAAAAACAGCUGCAAUUCAAUGUUUUGUUUAUGAGCUAUGGCUAUGUAGCAUUCAAAACGGCAGCCGAGCAGUGGAGCAAGAAGAGCAAGAGCAAAUGUCCGGAAGCGAACAGCAGAAGCAACAAAGACGACAAAGGUGCGUGCCGUUAAAUGCGAGGAGCAACACCUUGUAGCAGAAAAAGAACGUGCUGUGUUAGCGUACGAGAGUGCAAGCAGUUAACAGACAGGACAGACCAAACCGGGUUGGCCAGUGACUUUAUUGUCAAGUACGCAUACGCAGCAUUCGCUGGACGAGAUACGCUUGGCUGGCUUUUGAUUUACAUGCUAGACAAAAGAUCCUUUAGACUUCUUUUCGUUGUUAUCUUAUGUUAAUUGAACCUAGAUCAUCAACGUGCACUGCCAUUAACUAUAAACAACAAAUAUACAUAAUAGAUAUCGCAAUUGGUAGACUUAAACUUAACAGCAGCAGCAGCAGCUUCAGCUAAAAUGUCCAACAACUCCCACUACAACCAUCACCAGCAACACCACAACAACUACCAGCAGCAGCAACAGCCGCAGCAUUCCAAUAGCAACGGUGACGAUAGACAUGAGGAGUAUCACCAGCAGCAGCCAGUGCAUUACUCGCAGCACUAUAUGAAUGGGCAUGGCAUGAGGAUCAAGCCGCUGGACAGUGUCGCCGUGCCGGACAUGUGCCUGUUCUGCUUCGAGGUGCUCGACUGCGAGUUGAACAACAUUGACGGUCCAGGUGUGCCGAUGUUUAGCAACGAUGCCUACCCGUUGUUUGUGACCUGGAAGAUUGGACGUGACAAGCGCUUGCGUGGCUGUAUUGGAACCUUCAGCGCCAUGGAGCUGCACAACGGACUGCGUGAAUAUGCGCUGACCAGCGCAUUCAAGGACUCGCGGUUCGCACCCAUCUCGCGCGACGAACUGCCCAGGCUGACGGUGUCCGUAUCCAUAUUGCAAAACUUUGAGGAGGCCCAGGGUCAUCUGGACUGGCAACUGGGCGUGCACGGCAUACGGAUUGAGUUCUUGACCGAGCGCGGCUUAAAGCGCACAGCCACCUACCUACCGCAAGUGGCUACCGAGCAGGGCUGGGAUCAGGUGCAAACCAUAGACUCGUUGUUGCGCAAGGGCGGCUACCGGGCAGUCAUCACUCAGGACCUGCGCAAGUCCAUCAAGCUGACACGCUAUCGUUCCCAAGAGAUCCAGAUGCACUACAAGGAGUAUCGUGAGCACUUGGAGCGUCGCGGUGUUCAAUUUGGCAAAGUGCAAUGCUAACAAUUAGACAACCAAACGUCGGGACAAUGAUCCUGGCUGAGGGCAGGCGUCAUUUUCGUCUUGCUCCUGCUAUUGGUGGCCAUUGAGUUGACUCAAGGAAUGGGACUAUUUACGAGCGUAUUUCUCUACUCCUGAGCAACUGUUCAAGUUUAAGUUGUCCUGUUGCGUCAGCUAUAUUCACUGAUUUAAGUUUUUCUUACAAAUAUAUUUUUGGUCCUUAACUGGGAUGACGUGUCGUCGCAGUAAGCGACGCGAAUUUUAAAGUACUUUUUAUCAAACAACAAA